CAGGAUCUUCGAGUGACUCCGGGGAGAAAACACACAUCAACUCACAGCACACUGACGUUAGGAAACACUCAGAGGCAGAAGCACACGGAGAAAUACAGGAGGACACACACGCACACAUACAGGUAGACACGCGUAGUGACACACUGUAUCGUUCGCGCGCGCACAGACAGACACACUCAGAGACACUGAUACCGACUGGCACGCGCGCGCGCACACACGCGCACAGUUAUAUAUGCUCCAUGUCAGAAACGCGGCGCAGGAGAACCGGACUAGCAGCGGAAUGAUGAACUGCUGAACUUUAUCUUUUCUUAUUUUUUUUUUAAAUUGUUAUUUUAAACUUGUAUUACCAGUCCGGUGUGUUCAUCAUCAUCAUCAUCAUCGCCUCGCGCUGCCGUGCCGCGUGACGAUGCCCGCUCGGGUAUCGGACCCCCGGCAGCUCCGCAGCGGCGCCCCUCCAGACGCUCUCCGACCCCACAUGGACUUCCAGAGCCCCGCGCGCGUCUCCGCGCUCACAGCCUCCCCGUCCGCGGAUGAGAAGCGGCGCGCAGCCUGAGAAGCUGCCCUCAUGAGCGCCUCUCUCCCCAAGAGCGAAUCCACCGCGUCCCUGUUGAGAGCCUCCCUUCCCGGCCGGAGGUUCGCGGAGCGCCCGGCGGGGAGCAGCAGCGCCCCGGAGGAGACGUGCUGGCCGGCCGAGUGCGACGCCAGCGCCCGCAGACCCCUCUGUCACCCCCGGCUGGCGAGCGGCCGGAGUGCCGGGAGGACGCGAGGGAGCCGGGGACAGACCCAACACCCACACGCCCGCUUCGCCCCCGCGUUCGCCCAGGAGCAGGAGCAGGAGCAGGAGCCGCCUGGUAGGCAGGCGUCCGUGCGGGCUGGCAGUGGCAGGGACUCGCGGCAGAGCAAGCCGUGCAGACACCCACACCGCCCGCACGCGAAGCCCGUAAAGGAGGACACGGUGACGGUGACGCCGGCGAGCCGCCACCGCAGAGAGCCGCCGGCGACGCCCUCCAAGCGCUCCGCCGAGGCGGCGCUCUUCUUCCGAGCGGCGGACGCGAGCCGCGCCGCCUCGUCCCUGAGCCUGGCGUCGGAGCCGCCCGCGAGCCCGCCGUCCCCGUCGCCUGCGUCCUCGUCCCCGAUGCCCGAGUCUUCCAGCCGCUCGUCCGCGCGCUCCGGCAGCUCGAGCGCGGCGUCCAGCGUUUCCGACUCGAGCCUCAACCCGAUCCUGAGCUCCGUGUUCGGCCAGGACAGAGAGCUAAGGCCGGAGGAAAUCGAUGAGCUCCGAGAAGCAUUCAAGGAGUUUGACAGAGACAAAGACGGCUUCAUCGGCUGCAAAGACCUGGGCAACUGCAUGCGAACCAUGGGCUAUAUGCCCACAGAGAUGGAGCUGAUUGAGCUGAGCCAGCAAAUCAACAUGAACCUGGGGGGCCAUGUUGACUUUGAGGACUUUGUGGAGCUGAUGGGACCAAAACUUCUGGCUGAAACAGCAGACAUGAUUGGUGUGAAGGAACUGAGAAAUGCAUUCAAAGAGUUUGACACAAAUGGCGAUGGAGCAAUCAGCACUGCGGAGCUCAGAGAAGCCAUGAAGAAGCUGCUGGGACAGCAGGUUGGUCACAGAGACCUGGAGGACAUCCUGAGAGAUAUUGACCUGAAUGGGGAUGGCCAUGUAGACUUUGAAGAGUUUGUCCGGAUGAUGUCUCGCUGAGCUGCAGCUUGCAUUCUAUAUGGGGUGUUAUCGCUGCCCACGGAUGAGUGCAGAUGGAGAAGUGAGGGGUAAAGACGAGAUCACCAAGCGAAGCCUGAGCCACUCUUCCUGAAGAAAACUGGAAAAUAAAUUCUGACCUCCGAACCACAAACCCAGGGGGCACCUUCACUUGGUGACCCAUUCCAUGAAGUCAUCCUUUCCACACGAGACCUGCUCCCAGACCGGUGUUGUGACACGCUGACAGACUCGUGCCAGGACUCCUGAUUGACCGAAUGACUGACCAACCGACUGACCGUCUCAGCACUUUUACCCCUCCCCCACAUAUCUUUAUACUUAACCUGUUUGGGAACGGCGGAUGCCCUGGUCCCACCUUCCAUCAGCAAUAUGGAUUUUCUCUGUUUACUUCCAUGUGCAUUUGCGUGUUUUGUGUUCACAAUAAAAUUACUUAGCAUCUUAAAUAAAGAUGCGAGAUUUAAAAUGUAGCUCGAUCCUGGAGACAAGCAAACCAAAUCUUUACAACAGGGUGAUGAUUCAUCUUCUCUUCCCGACUUUUAAUUAGCAGGAAACCAUGGAAAGGCCCUUUGUUUACUGAGGUUGGAGACAACCAAUCACAUGUUCUUAGUACUGCAAUGGUUUACAAAAAAUGUAUUUGUAUGGAUGCAACUAAUAUCAUACAUAAUGUGACACUUAAAUUCUUCUUGGAGCCUCCUGGUAAUUUUUUUUUUUAUUUUGGGUUUUAAAUAUGUCCUUAAAUGAGAAGUUCUUAACCUGGGGUCCAGGCUUCCUUUGAAAAUAAGGCUGUCCAACUAAAAAGUAACAAAAAAUGAAGGUUUGAAGUAUUAAUGCUUAAGAAUACCAUAGAAAUAAGUAUUGAAUUAUUACCUAUGACAUAAUUAUUGUGGAUGUACAGUUUUCAGUGCAAUAAAUUGACUGCCAUAUUUUCUCCACUGUUAUUGAUGGACAUUUUUCUAGUUUUUAGAUUUUUGCAGGGGUCUGUAGUCUAGAGAAGGUUAAGAACAAAGGCCAAAACAUGGAAGUGCUUCCUGCAACCCUCUAAUUUAUUUAUUUAUUGGAAAGACUAAUUGAUGCAAGGAAGGCAGACGAUGCUUCCGCUCAGUACAGCGAAGGUGUUGGAAAUGUAGCUGUAGCCCAGGUGCUACAAUGGACCCUUGGAGUUGAAGACCAGCCUGGAGCUCUUUUAUUUCAUCAACUUUUUCAUAUGUAUAUAUGAGACAAUG